AUGGCUCAGGCUAUGCAGAACCAACCGAAUGCUGACGAGAAUGCUGAAUCUCGUAGUUUGGCGACUUUCCAAAGGGAGAAUCCUCCGGUGUUCAAGGGUACGCAUGACCCUGAUGGUGCUCUUGAUUGGUUGAAGGAGCUCGAGCGAAUAUUCCGUGUUAUGGAUUGCACUACUGCUCAGAAGGUCAGAUAUGGCACUCAUAUGCUGGCUAAGGAAGCUGAUGAUUGGUGGUUGGAGACCCUUGCUAGGUUGGAGUUUUCAUGUGAGGAAGUCACUUGGAAUGUGUUCCGUAGGGAAUUUCUGAGGAAGUACUAUCCUGAAGAUGUUCGGGGUGCUGAAUUUUCUAAGUGCAUCAAGUUUCAGAAUGGGUUACGCUCGGAGAUCAAGAAGGCUGUGGGGUACCAAAAGAUCCGUUUGUUUUCUGAUUUGGUUGACAGUUGUAGGAUCUUUGAGGAAGAUAGUAAUGCUCAUCACAAGAUGGUUAGUGAUAGAAGGGGAAAGAAUCAACAAAGCCGUGGGAAACCAUAUGAUGCUGGUAAAGGGAAACAAAGAGUUACUCAUGGUUAG